GAGCGAAUUAGGUGUACACCCGGCACGCUCCGUGCAGAGAACACCCUCCCGUCGCGACGCUACGCGUCCUCCCUGCCUCCUAGCGGGCGGGACCCUGAGAAGCUCCUCUUUGAGUGGAAGGCGGGAAAAUGGCGGACUCCUCGAAGUGGGGCGCGGGGAAACCCACAGCCCCUGGUGCCCACAAGACAAAAGGAAGGAGAGUGCAAGGAGGAAGAGUGGUUGAGUCCAGAUACCUGCAAUAUGAAAAGAAAACUAAGAGAGUAAUGGAGUCCUCUACUUUUGGAGCCACUGGUUCUGUAUCAACUGGAGGGAAGCUACCUGAGGGAAGGAAGGCCAGCUUACUGCCAAGGAGCAAAGAAGACAGCCAAGUGAUAGGAACAGGAGACCUGCAAUCCACCAUGCUGGAAGGACAUGGCACAGCUCCACCUGACCUAGACCUUUCAGCCAUCAAUGACAAAAGCUUGUUCAGGAAGCCUCCCCAGCUAGACAGGACAGUGUCAAAGAAAGCCGAGUCCACGUUCUGUACCACUCCUCAGAAAAACAGAACCCUUCGCAAGAAGAGACGGGAUCUCCAGAAAACCAUGGACAUGAUGGAGUCGCAGACACUGCUGUUUUCCCUGCUGUCUGUAAAGAUAGAAAACAACCUGACUCUGCUGGAGGAGAAGGCUGAAAAAGAGUUGGCAGCCAUAAGCCGCGAGAAGGAGAGGCUACAAGGGCAGGUGCUGGAGCUGCGGCGCCAGCUGACGCUCCAGCAGAAACAUCAGGACCUGGCUGCCAUCCUAGAUACCCAGAUGGAGCUGCUGGGCCCUUUCCAGGUCGUGGCAGAGCGUUUCAAGGAACAAUACAAGACACUGGCCACAGCUCUGGAUACCACUCGACAUGAGCUGCCUGUGCAGGCAAUCCACGUGCAGGGAAGUGGACAGGAGCUUCUAGAUGAUCUGCAGCCAGCCCUGAGGACCACCCUGCAGCUCCUGGGUGAGCUGGGCAUCUGCUCCCUGGAUGCCAAUGUACAGAAUCUGUGCCUGCUGGAGGAGCUCAGAAACUUGACCAGGAAAAAGGACCUGGAGCUCCACAGGAUUGUUGACCAGGUACUAGAACUUUCCUCCCAGGCCAGCAAAGAAGCAGCCUUGAUAAGCCAGGAAGUCUGGGAAGAGGCCCCAACCACCCCCACCAGCAGCCAGUGGUACUUCAGUGCAGAUGCCCUCAGGGACCACGGUCCCUCCCAGGACAGGACUAAUCACAAUGCAGGCCUGACCCCUGAGUGGCCCCAGGCAGCCUGUACUGCUGCUUUGUGAAUAUUUCCCAGGUGCCUUUGACUUUCCAUCCAUCCCUGCCUUGUUCACAAAGACUGAAGGAAGUUCCAGUGAUUCAGUUUUCUGAAACUUUUGUGCACUUUGCAAUUGGGACAUCAUUAACAUUUUUUGGUUUUGGUUGGGUUUUUUGUUUGUUUGAGACAGGGUCUCUCUCCAGAGCCCUGGCGUCCUGAAACUGAGUGACUUAUGACUACUAGGUCCCCAGCCCUCUGUCCUUGCUGUUUUAAAUUCUGAUUGGCUGGGUGUGGCAGCACCCACCUUUAAUCCCAACACUGGGGAGGCAGAGGCAGGUGGAUCUCAGUGAGUCCAAGGACAGUUUAGUCUGCAGAGAAUGAAUAAAUGAGUGAACAAAUGCUGA